GAGCGGUUUUCAAUCUUUUAUUGAAAGACGCGAAUAAUGGAAAGGAAAUUCGGGGAGUGAGCAAUUAUGAACUUGCAGAUUUUUCCAUGCCCGCCCAGGUCUGUUUCCAAAACCACCGAGGAGGCUAAUUGACGAACUUGAGGACUCUAAUCUAUCAGAACAAGAAGCACGUCUAAACAGCGAAAUUACAUUCGAAAAGGCAAUAAAUUUGGUUCAGCCUGAGUAUGCUUUCUUAGAAAGCGAUAAUCAAGAACUCAAAAAUAAGGUCGACUCUUUUUUGAUUACUGUUUCUAAUCGAUACCGUAUUAGUAAGUUUGAAAAUAUUCACAAUGAAGAGAUUAGCAAUAUUGCUUGGUACCUAACACCAAACUUACAAGAAGCAGAAAAACGUUCAAAUGAUCUUGAAAAUGAAAUAAAGAAUAUUCAAAGCAGAUUUCAGCUCGUUGAAGCCGAAAACAAAAAACUGAAGAAAGAUAAUGAAAAUCUUACAGCUAAAUUGCGAGACGCUGAAGACGAAAACAUGAAUCUGACUGCUAUGUUACGUGCACUGGAAACAGAGCCAGAAGAAAGUGAUUCUUCUGAGAAAGGGGUUGAGCAAAGCAGUUUGGAAGAAUACCGCAAUAAAGCUGAGGAAUUAAAAGAAUUAGUCGGAAAAAUGAAGACAGAACUUGAUGAGAAAACCGCAGCAUUAGAAAACGUGCCGACCUGCGCAAUUUGUUUCGAGAAACCGCCGCAAUGUUUAUUUUUCCCAUGUUCACACAUGGUUUGUUGUGAAUCGUGUGGACAUACAUGUGAGGAGUGUCCAGUUUGCAGGCAGAAAAUAAGCGGUAAAAUGAAUGUUUAUCAGUAA